AUGUCGACCAUCAGCUCUCCUCGCGCUUCCUCCGCUGUUCGCAGCCCUGCUGGCUCUGUUCGCACGUCGAUGGAAGCUCCGCGUCCUGGCACAACCAGACGUAACAGAGCAGCACUCCGCGACUACUACAACAUCAAGGUUGCGGAGACUACAGGCGAGGAUAAAUCAAGCGAAGAAACCGUUAUCCGAGAAGAGAAUGUGAGCGAGCUUGAUCGCGACGGAUUUGAUCCGGAGGCAUACGUCAAGGACAUACUUGCAAACCAAGGGCUCGAGGAGGUACUGAAGGUUGAGGCAGGACUCAUGAGUGAGAUCAGGGGUUUAGACGGCGAGAAGAAAGCACUCGUAUACGACAACUACUCGAAGCUUAUAACUGCCACCGACACCAUCCGCAAGGGACAGAUGCGCACAAAUAUGGACCCCAUGACUCCCUCCACAUCGACGCUCGCCCCCGCCGUGUCCCACAUUGCUGAGACAGCCGCAACGCUAUCAACGCUGCUCAACGACCGCACACCGCCCGCCCCAGAGCUAACGCCUAAUACAACGGACACGAAGUCAUCAAAUGCAAAGCAGACUGUCCGAUGGGUGCUCGAUGCGCCCCGUCGGCUGGCGCAUUACUUGGAAGAGAACGAUAGAAAGACGGCAGAGGAAGAAUGGGUCGCUGUACAGGGACUUCUCAACAAGUGGAAAGGUACCGAAGGAGUUGAAGAAAUUCGUGCGAGGUGUGAGGAGGCAUUGAGUGCGGAUUGAGCGCCUCAAAGAGAUUGCCAGACGCCUGGACAUGAUCGUCAGAGCUGGCCGAUUUCCAACACUACAUCCAAUGAGCUUCGCAGCGACCUAGUGUGUUCCCGUGUCUAAACGGUCCAAUCGGAAGUGUAGGAACCCCUGAAUGCUCUUAACAAGGCAAGAAUUCUUGUGUAGAUCGUCAAACAUCUCACCGGUACGCG